AAUCUGCAUUCAAAAGCACAAACGUUUCAGGUGGUCAUGAAAGGGCAGGGACAACACGAUCAGGGAUAUCAACAACCAAGACAGUUCGUGCCCGCUCCUAGUCUCUUGUCGGUGGCGCCGGAGUCUCCCUCAGCCUCGGUCGGACGCGCCAAGCAUCGGGCCCGGAAGACACGGGGUUCAUCUGCAGUACUCGGCCACCGAAGAUCGAGACCAAACCAUGGGCACUUAUGAUGUCCACAUGGCGCUUCCAGGGUCAUUGGAGAACCCAGCCGCAGGGAGGCUCGUCAGGCUACUUACCCAAGCAGGGUGUUAGUCGAGCUAUUGUCCCGCACCGCUGCGGUCUGCCAAGAAAUGCGGCGGCUCAGACAGAAGACGGUGAAACGAGCGGCCACCUACAAAGGCUUCGGCGUCCACUAGAACCACGCAUGCCUCUGGCCCUUCGACCUCAAUUACCCUCUAUUCGAUUGCUUUUCCCCGACAUGUUCGCAAACCAGAGCCAUCGACGGCACAUCGAAGCUUGCAUGGCACCCGCGGAAACGAUUUUGGUGUUGUGCAACUGCGAGAGUAAAAAGAUGGCAAAAUCUGUGCAGCCGACAACAUCACUAUAGGAAAUCCACAAUAUUACAUCUUGGCAUCAGCUUCUAGCAAAUAUCGUCUGAGCCCGUAUAACUACUACCGAUGACGAAUCAGAG